GAAGACGAGAAUUUCUUGAAUCCCUUCCGACCGUUUAACGAAUCUCACAGUCAUCAAUCAUGACUUUUGACUCGCUGGGCGACGUUCGUACCACGAGCGCCUCUGUUGCUGCGACAGAUAGCCACGACCUUCUCAAAGAUCUCGUGGAAGAGGUAUUCAAUGAAUAUAUCACCAAUGAGAUGCCCAUUCGUCUACUUCACAUCACCAAGAACGAUCAGAAGAUAAUGCUUCAACUCGUGGACAGGGAUUUCGUCAAGGAGCAUUUUAAAGAGAAAAAGGUUCCCGACAACAUUCAUGCCGAUUUUGCUGAAAAUAUGGUCGUGGACGGGGAGGAGAGGGAGGAUCGUAUCAGAGAGCGUGUGAAGAAGGAACUGAAAUAUGCUAUCCUCUCGCAUAGAUGGUUACUGGGCAAGCAAGAGCCUCUGUAUCACCAGAUGUCGAAGGAACCGAAGGAAGUCCUUGAUGACCACGGGCCAGGAUGUGAAAAGGUUCAGAAUUUUUGUCGUACAGCGAAGGAUGUCCACGACUGCGAAUUCGCCUGGUCCGAUACGUGCUGCAUAGACAAAACAAGCAGCUCAGAGUUGGAUGAAUCCAUACGCUCCAUGUUUCGCUGGUACAGAAAUUCCCAUGUAUGCAUCGCCCUCCUUUCGGAAACAGCAGACCUCGCGGCUCUUCAAUUGCAGGAGAAGGGUCAAAGUGGUGAAAAGGCAGUCGAUGCUUGGUUCGAAAGAGGAUGGACGCUUCAAGAGCUCCUUGCUCCGUCGCAAAUCAAAUUCUAUGGAGAAAACUGGCAGCCCCUCAUCCAAGGCUCUGCGAACGACAGAGGCAGCAAAGUCAUCAUGGAAAAGAUAUCAACGCUCACGGACAUCCAUAUGAAUGAUCUUGAAUCAUUCACACCUGGCAUAGACCGGGUGCCAGAAAAGAUGUUGUGGGCAUCCAGGAGGCGAACGACUCGCAUGGAAGACAUCGCAUACUGCCUUAUCGGAAUAUUCGAUAUCAGCCUCAUGAUCACAUACGGCGAAGGCAACAGAGCCUUCUUCCGUCUCAUGGAGGAGAUAGUAAAGAGAUACGACAAAUGGGACUUGUUUCUAUGGAGCGGUCGUCGUUCCCGCUAUAACGCAGCCCUUCCGGAUGCUCCGCAUUCCUAUGCUGGAGGAUGUAUCCAAACACUUCGCAACGCAGUUCACCAGGCCGCAAGCUACGAGUUUGGAGAUAGGCGCUUUGCCUUGACCAAUCACGGACUCGAAAUCUGGGUGCUCCUACUGGGCGUCGAGGUAGAGGACGUCAGUGAAGAUUCACAUUGGCCCAAAGCCUCACGAUGUGACCUGGGCAGUAGGUGUGCUGGACUAUUCCGUAGACGGUGAGGAAGGGGUCAUCGACUCGGACAGGUUGCGGAAACCCCCAAUUAGCGCGUUCCUGCUAUCCUCGAAUAAACAUGCAUCUAUCCAUCUACCAGCAACUGCAAAGUGGAAGAAGGAGAUGACCAAGGAAGUUGUUAGAAUUGAUCCUCCCAGUGACCACAUACAAGAACCUCUGACUCUACUGUACCUUUAGCAUGACUUUCGUUAUAAACCUUUUUCUGCCCAUUGUCACGGCGUCUGCCUUAUGGGUAUAUGUUCUCGAGUCUCGAUAUGUUGAUCAUUAGUUAUAAGUACCACGAUACUGUCAAUUGACUCAACGAUAGAAUUAUAGGCCCAAUACGCGUCUGUCAGUGCGUUCACCAAGGCAUUCAUCCGUGUCCGGUCCUCGAAGCAUGCAUGCUUCUACUCGCUCGUCAUUACAGGCAUCGCAAGUCGUGAC